GCAGGUUCCAGAAGCGACUUAAGAUUCAACGUAGCCAAGAUCGAUUGUAUUCCAACAGCGUCCACAAGCUUGCUAUCUUGAUGUCCAGAUAGUGACUAUCAGAAACUUGCCAAAAUCAAGAUGCCGUCCUCUGAAGUGCUUCGCUCUAUUGCGAUCCUCACUUCAGCAGUUCAUGUCGGAAGCCAAUUCAGUCUCUCAUACGUCUCAGGAGCAGCACUCCUGACCUAUCCAACUCCCAGCGAAUCGAGCCUUUUGGCCCAAUUCCGCGUAAUAUUCCGUCGGGGCUUUUACCUCUGUCCACCAUCCGCGGGAAUCUCCACCCUCGCCAACCUCAUCAAUGCGUUUCUGACCUACGGUGACGAUGGACGAGCAGCACUUUUCUUUCUGCUGGCCGCCGUCAUCUCCGCGAGCCUCAUUCCUUUCACACUGGCGUUCAUCGUUGGCGCGGAGGAGGAACUUUUGCAGAGGGCAAAUCGCAGCACUGACGAGGGAGAUAAGAAAACUCCCGCGGGUCACGAAGAAUCCACGAGGGAUUUGAUCAUCAAGUGGUCGAGAUUGAAUUACUACAGGCCGCUUUUCCCGCUUUUGGGCGUGCUGCUCGCGUAUUUCGCGAUCUAGAGGAUUUGUGCUUUGGGUAUUUUGGCCUGUGGAGAGUACUAGCUGCUGCAGAAAGGUGGUCAUUUGGAGACCUGGCGGUGAGGGAGAAGAACAUAGCCGAAUCAGCAUGGAAGUAAAUAUAUACUGUUGAACAGUGCCUGGGGCUACGGAAAUGUGCGCGGGAACUCUGGGAGGACGUCUUUCGAGAUAGAACAAUGAUUGCAAGAUAAAAACACUAGAGACACGUAAUUCUUGAAGAGCUUGUAGAAUUAUAUCACGACAG